AUGACCGCACAAGAGAGCCGGUCCACAGGCGCCGCCCUGGCCAAUCUCGACGUCCGCAUCCGUCAGACGUCUUCAUCCCCACCGACGCUGGCGUUCUCGGUGACGAACAAUCACGAUACCCCGCUCACCAUUCUCCGCUGGAAUACCCCUCUCGACCCGCUCGCUAUCCGGCUUGGAGUCGUCUCCAUCACGCCAGAGGGCAAGAGUGAGCCGAUAGAGCUACCCACCAUCAUGCUGCGACGGGUCAUGCCGCCGCCACAGGACGCCCUCGUCACACUUCAGCCGGGCGAGCGCAGGGAGCAGGAGGUCGUCUUGAAGGAGCCCAUCGUGCCGCUCGACCAACUCGGCAAGACGGCACGUGUGGCGGUCAAAGGCAGGUGGGGGACUGUGUGGCCCACGACGGCGGACAAGCUAAGCCAGGAGAAUAUUGAGAAGUUGCAGUUCGGUGACGGGGUUCUAACGGGUGAGUUCGAUAGCGAGGCAGUUGAUGUUGUUAUUGGAUGA